UUUGUGUGUUUGUGUAUGUGUGUGUGUCAGUUUCAGCUGGGAGAUUAGGAUGUCUCUCCGCUGUCCUCGCCCCGGCGGCUUUCCUUGUUGAAGUUCCCCAGGGCAGGAGGAGAAGGAGAAGGCGCGGGAGCCCAGCCCGGUCGGAUCCCUCUGGCUCCGCGGCGGCUCCCUUUCCAGCGCAGGCACACCACGCUCACAAAAGGCAGAGCCAAGCCCACGGACACGCCAAACGAGAGGGAGAGAAGGGAGGCGCAAGGAGGCGCCCGCGGGAGCCACCUUCUUCACCUGGAGCCAUGGCGCAAGCGGCGGUGCCGCUCAACAUCCUGGAGGCGAGCUGUCCCAUCCAGGUGGAGCACGACCGCAAGAGGAGGCAGUUCACUGUCCGGCUCAACGGUUGCCAUGAUAAAGCUGUCUUGCUGUAUGAAUACGUGGGGAAGAGAAUAGUGGACCUACAGCAUACGGAAGUCCCCGAUGCCUACCGAGGGAGAGGGAUAGCCAAACAUCUGGCAAAGGCAGCCUUGGAUUUUGUGGUGGAAGAGGACUUGAAAGCUCACCUGACGUGUUGGUACAUCCAGAAAUACGUCAAGGAGAACCCGCUGCCUCAAUAUCUGGAACAUUUGCAGUCGUAAUGGAGGAAACCCAUCGUAGAGCCCUGAUGGCUCAGACACUCGAUAGCCUGUUCCCCGACUUUCCAACAACAGCCUUUGAUCUUGCGCUGGUUCCGGGCCCCCAGUUGUGUGGCCCUUGCUCAAAAUUCUUAUUUUUUGUAAGGACGCAACGUGCGACCGACCGCUUGAUGCUUCCAUCCGCCUCUGGUUCUUCCAGUGCUUUUUGGCUGACCUGGAAUUGCAGUGUUUACUCUGGCCUCCUCCUUGGAAGAAACCAUCAGGUGUAGGAAACGUGGCUUGAGGCAGCAGUGGCGGGAGAGCUGAGCUCCUUCUGUGCAGCCCUUGACCAACUGGAUUGCUGUCUUUUGUUCUUCCUCUCAAAUGAGUGAAGUGUUUAGGAAUGCCAUCUAAGAAACGUGGCACUGAUGAACUUGUCAACACCAAACACAGCUGGAAGGGUCUGGAUCCCACGCUUGUGAGGGAGCAGGGAUGGUCUUUUGAUAUGUGGGCCGCUCCUGGGCCACGUUUUGAUAUAGUAAGAGGGAGAUAAUUCUAACCGGAUAGAAUAAACCUGGGUAGGACCUGGGGGUGGAAUGAGUUUCAGUGCCAUCAGCAUGAUGUUUAAGAGGUGGUGUCAUCUGGACCUGUGGCAUAGUUCUUGUUAUCUGCCCUAGUCCCAGUAGCUGCCUGACAGAAGCAAAAAAAAAAAGGGGGGGGGUUAAUCUAUUGAUCCAGUUGGGUGGAAAACGUAAACGCUGCUGUGUGUCUGAGAAGGAAAAGAAUCUGGUGCAGUGUGUAUUUUGGGGGUUGGUUUUGGUGGGAACCCCAUGUUCUUAUCAAGUGGAGGAUAUGGCUUGUUGUGGGGAGAAGCAAUAACAGACCCAAGCGUUGGGGUGGGGGCUGAGGAGGGAAAGAAGGAAGGAAACGGUGAAGGCAAACUUUGAGGGAAACGAAUUCUGAGCAGUGAGCAAUAGAAAAGCCCUGACGUUCUCGAGAACCGCUUCAUGGGUCUCAAAGGAAAACGGGCUGAGGAGAAAGGGAGAGAGGGACCAGAAGGCUAGGAAUUACACAUUAUAAGCUGCCCCCUCCCACAGGGUAACCAGGACUUGUUGUCUGAACUCAGCUGGGUCUUCUGACUCCUCAAGCUAAGCAACGUGUGAAGGUAUUCUUGUGUGGUUUAACCCAAGCUUCACUUCUUGAGGUGUGUGCGUGUGUGGCAAGUCUCCUGUGGAUACACACCAUCUUAUUCUAGGCCAGCCUUUCUGCCCACUGUCUCUCCCUCCCCCCAUUUCCUAUAAUGCUGUCCCCAGAAUGGAGGCCGAUACGCAGAAAUGAGGAGACUUCCAGAGAGGCCCUGAUUGUCCUGCAGAACACACUAGGCCCAGGUUGCCACGGCAAUUGCAAACUGGGGUGGGCCCUACAGCGGCUCCAGACGUGUCGAACCGCUGCUUCCUCUCCCCAACCUGGAUCCAUGCCUUCAGGAGAUUUGGUGGAACUCUGGGACUAGGUCCUCGGUCAAGACGCUCACAUUGAUUAGAAGUUCGGGCUGCCGUGUUUGUGCUCCUGUUAUUAUCAGCAAUAAGACUGUUCCGUCUCAUUAGAACUGGCUCUUGGCUGUUUUGAAGUUUGUCAGGGAUGUUCCGUCCUCUCACACAUCCCUCCUGUCUUUCCGGAGCGGAAAAAACCUGCAGUCUUCCAAGCCAGCUUCCAAUUAUGCCUGUGUGGAUUGUUGCCCUGUCCAGCAAGGCAUAGAGGGCAAAAUCGAUCAUUGUACAACUAAGAAAACAUGAAGGCCUUGUAGAUCUGUGGCUGCCAGUUUUCUUUCCUUCCUGUCCCCGUAAGGUGCUGCUUGUACCUGGAAUACAUUCUGUGGGUGCCUUUCAAAAGAAUAAGAUCUUUGUCCCGGUGCUUUUAUACACACACCUGACCUGUCUGUUGGGUUGCCGGAUACAAGGAACCCACAGAAGAGUCACAGUGUGUUUGAUGCAGGAGGUCAUUGCUCUGGGUGAUGAAUGUUCCAGGGUGGGAGGCGCUGGCCCUUUGUCUAACUUUGGGUGAAGUUUGGCGAGAUCGAGGGGAGACAAACCCGGCCUUAAAGACCUGCUCUGUUUUAUGUUAUUGCUGCAACUUUUGUGCUGAGGUGCUACAACAGUCUCUGAUCCCACAGAGAUGUUUUCUGAUCAUAAUUUAACGAUGGCCACAGAGUUUACUGCUGUACCCAUAUCCUCUUGGUUCUCUGUGAUUCAGUUAUGUCGACGAACAAUUCUUCCCUCCCUGUCAUGGCGAGGGGCUCAAUAACCCGCCCCUUACUAUGGAAGAAAUCCCCUAAGUCAACUGUGAUGGAAAGCUCUGCCUCCACCUGCCCUGUGUGUGUGUUUUUUAAGUUGCUCAUCUCUGGGAUAAUAAGGGUGGUCUUUGCAGCUCGAGAAGACCCGGACCACUCUGAUUUUGCGGCUGGGAUUAUCGAUAAUUUAAAAAGCCCUCCAACAGAUGGAUUUUAAGGCACAAUGUCUGUGCCAAAAAGCCAGGUGGGCCAACAAUACAGCUUCCAAGUCCAUCAAAUGUAACAUUUCUACUAGGCUGUUCUCUCCAGUGUUGGUUUCUCCCCCUCCCUACUCAAUGUGGAUUUAUUUUAAUUUCUUUCCUCCCUCUUUCUGAUUCUGUUGUGGUUAAAUAAUGUGCCUUUCCUACUCAGGACUCAUUUUAAAAAUACAACUAACUGGUGGGGUUUUUUUGUGUGUCUAACACGAUCCUUUCUUGUGAACCGUAUUCUUAAUUAAAACUGACCUUAUUGCAUGGAAUUCAAUAAAAGG